AUGGCAACUUUGAGUCAACUCAGAGUACUUUUAUUGCUAUUUUCUUACGUUCUUAAAGAAUAAAUAAAAAAAUAUAUCUAAAUGUUUGUUCAUAAUAUACCAAUUAAGAAUAUUUAGUUAUUUACCAAAUUGAGCUUAUACCAAUUUAUAGCGUAUAUAUCCUUAUUAUCAAGAUGUCUAACGUAAAUACAGGACAGUUAUUAAAUUUUCAAGAUUAUUCUCCUGAGCAUAAUGACCGGAGUGCAAGAAUCGACGUGGAGGCGGUGCAUACGAAUCAAUAUAGUAAUUCUAUGUCAAACCCUAAUUACGAUUACGAAGAACCCAAAAUUGCAGAGGAAACGGAGGCAGCCCCACAAAGCAACCAUAACUUCUGGACCAUAGAGUAUUAUCAGAAGUACUUUGAUGUGCAGACCAGUGAUGUAGUGGAGCGGAUCAUAUCCUCAGUACUACCACAAAAAGUGACACCAAACUAUUUUGAUGAAAGGAUUAAGGGAAAGCCAGAUUUGUACGGCCCCAUAUGGAUAUCUGUUACCUUGAUCUUCACAAUAGCAGUAAGUGGCAAUAUAGCGAGUUAUUUAAAUAAUGCUAACAAGACAGUUCACUGGCGAUAUGACUUCCAUAUUGUGUCAUACGCUGCCACUGCGAUAUUUUGUUAUGUGUGGGUUGUGCCCCUGGCACUGUGGGCGGCUCUCAAGUGGUCCACCAUAGCCAAUAGUCAAGAUGAGAUGGAGACACAGGAAGCAAAUACACCAACAAUGAUGUCCCUGUUCUGUCUAUAUGGCUACUCACUUGCAAUAUACGUUCCUGUAGCUAUCCUGUGGACCAUCCAAGUCUAUUGGCUGCAGUGGCUGUUUGUCAUUGUAGCAGCGUUCGUCUCCGGAGCUGUCCUUAUAUUCUGGCUGAUGCCAGCGUUGAGAAAGUCCAGAUACUUUCCUAUACUUAUUGGGUGUAUACUAGGCCUGCAUUUCCUUUUGGCUGCUGGCUUCAUGUCCUAUUUCUUCCAUAGCCCUGGCUCUGGAGGAAUCACACCUUUGCAACCAGUGAUUACAUCAACCAGAGCUCCUGUGUAAUUACUUGUGAUAGAAUUGUAUAAAUUAUGUGACUUUUAUAUGGUAUUAUUAUUGUGAAUUUUUAGUCAUUGUGUGAAAUGUUGGUGAAAUUAAAUUACUUCUUUAUUAAAAAUAAAUUAUAACAAUGUAAUUUUUGUGUACAAUAAAAAAUAUAUGUUAAUUGUAUAAUAUGAAAAAUAAUUUAAAUUUACUAAAUGAUGGUGAAUUUAUCAAUCUUAGUUUUGUAGUCGAUCUAUUUAUAUAUGCAUUAUGCACCGGCUAUGGAUGUAUAAAAAAAAGUUAUAUUUGUUUUUUGUAAAUGUUUCAAUUCCACCAUUUUUAUCAGUUAAUAUACUCUGGAAUUUAUCACUGAAUACAUUGAUUUUUUUUGGAUCUAUGUUAUAAUUACAAGUAUAUUCUUAAUUAAUUAAUUGUUUAUCCUCCUUUUCAUCCAAAGGUUGCCUGGAAGAGAUCGCUCUUAGCGAUAAGGUCGCCCAUUGUUUUCUCAUUGUGAUUAUUUCUUGUAAUUAUUUAUAUUUAUAAUAAGUUUACUAUUGUAAUAUUUUGGAGGAAACAAUAAAGCGUAUCUAUCUAUCUAUAUUCUCAACAGAACAUGUUUAAUAUAAAAAUCGAAAUAGAGGAAAUGGUGGCAAAUUAUCUUAUGCCUUAAAAAUGGCAACACAUGCACUUCAUAGUACAUUCUAUAAUAUCAAAGGCGCUGUUCAUGUUUUUAGAUCACUAUUACCAUUUUCAAAGUUCUAUAAAAAAGUAGGUUCUAAACAAAAAUGAUUAAUUGACAUGAUGUGUUAAAGUUAUUUGCAUUAAAUGAUUUAUUUAUGAUGAUUAUGAAUUAAAUGAUUAUUUAACAUUCCGAAAACACUGUAUUUAUUAGUUGUUCUAAUGUGUUGUAUAAAUAAAAGUUUUUGUAUAAUUUAAAA